UCCCGUUCUCGAUACUAUUCGGAUCGUAAAGCUUAACUAAAUUUCAAGUAAAUUAUUGACAAAAAAAUAAGGAAAAAUCUCGUAAAAAUCAACAAAAAACAAAAGAAAAAAUUUAAAACUCCGUUCAUUUUGAAUCGGCACAAUGGUGUGGAAUGCGCUUUCCUUUUGGGAUGGUCAGCCGGUAACCUCGCCCGUCUAUCCCCAGAUGGGGGAUCUGCUGAACCCCAACACCUCCGGAUACCAGGGGAUGCAGCACCCCCUCAACCCCCAAAGCCCCUUCAGCCACCACCAGAACCAUCAGCAAAACCACCACAACCACCAGACCCACCAGCACCACUCGAAUCCACUUUACUACAUGCGGAUGGGCGGUGGUGGAAUGGGUGACUUUCGCCAGAUGAGCUGUCCGAUGCCCAACUACAUGCCACAGUUCCGGGAGCCCUGUUUGGACGACACAGAGGCCUACUACGCCUACAACGGCGUAGACUCCAGCCGGGAAUUCGGCGCAGGACUGCCUCCUUCCGGCGGAGGAGCCGGAGGAGCAUUUGGGGCACGGGGCGAUUUCUGGUAGAAAUCUGGUAGACGACGGCCCGCCACUCCGGGCAUUUUUACUUCGACUUUUUGUGCCUUUGAUCUACGGAACUAUUAAAAUGUUUUCUUCCCGCGUAGUUAUUCGAAACGUCUUCUUGUAACGCUAUUUGAGCUGAUUGGAGACGGCAAGCUUAUUCAUAUGUUUUUUUGAAAAUUACUAUUUUGUUUAAGAAAUACCAGAAAUAUAAUUUUUAUGUUUUGGCGUA